AUGGAAAUCGACCCUGAAACUUCCGCGCUCAACUUUCCCCAUCUGCUGAGUUGCUCGGACGAAUUCUAUACCUGGCAGUCGUCAAGACCAUCCGAGGACGAACCUUUUAUCCUCCACGAUGGCCCCCCCUACGCGAACGGCCCACUCCACACCGGGCACUCGAUCAACAAGAUCCUCAAGGACAUGAUCAUACGGGUACAGGUGCAGAAUGGCCGGCGCGUUCUCUAUCGCCCUGGCUGGGACUGCCACGGCCUGCCGAUUGAGAUGAAGGCUCUCGGCACUGCAGGAACCAAGGGGCUCACCCCGGUCCAGGUGCGAAAGCAGGCCCGCAAGCUGGCGACCAAGACGGUCACGGAGCAGAUGAAGGGCUUCCGGUCGUUUGCCGUCAUGUCCGAGUGGGACAACAAGUGGACGACCAUGGAUCGCGCCUUUGAGAUUCGACAACUGCGCGUUUUCCAAAAGAUGGUCCGCCACGGGCUCAUCUACAGGAAGAACAAGCCUGUGUACUGGUCGCCGUCGUCUGGCACUGCCCUCGCCGAAGCCGAACUGGAAUACAAGGAUGACCACCUGUCCACGUCUGCCUACAUACGGUUCCCCAUCACAUCUGACUACACCACUAUCUCGGAGCUUCGAAAUUUUGACGGCCCUCUGUACGCAGCCAUUUGGACGACGACGCCGUGGACGCUCCCGGCAAACAAGGCAAUUGGCGUUCAUAACGACCUAUUAUACGCCGUCUUACGCGUAAAUGGAUACGGGCUUCUGGUUGCCUCGAGUCGAAUUGAAGCCGUCCGUGAGCUUGUCCCGGGAGCUGAGGUUGUGGCCGAUGCUAUCCCAGGCUCGAAACUGGCUGGCCUGCAGUAUCGCAACAAGCUAAGAGGCAAAUCAGCUCCAGCGCAUCCUAUUUUUCAUGCUGAUUUUGUAUCCGCUGAUUCGGGCACUGGCCUGGUGCAUCUAGCGCCUGGCCACGGACAAGAUGACUACGAGAUCUGCCUUGAACAUGGCAUUGAGGCCUUUGCGCCUAUCGAUAACGAUGGUCGGUUCACAGCAGAAGCGUACCCCGAUGACCCGGAAGUCCUCACGUCUGCCCCUUCCAUCUUGGAUGGUGGAAGCUCUUCCGUCCUCGAUCUCGUGGCUGAAGAUGUCAUUGCGACACAGGAGAUACAACACAAAUAUCCCUAUGAUUGGCGAUCGAAGAAGCCCGUUGUCAUUCGAGCCACGGCACAGUGGUUCGCUGAUGUAGGAAGCAUCAAAGAUGACGCUCUAAGUGCGCUUAAGAACGUCAAGUUCGUGCCUGACAGCGGAAGAGCACGGCUAGAGAGCUUCAUCAAGGGUAGAUCAGAGUGGUGCAUUUCGCGACAACGCUCAUGGGGUGUGCCAAUACCAGCACUCUACGAUAGGAACGGCGAAGCCGUUAUGAAUGCUGAAACCAUUGAUCAUAUCAUCAAUGUGAUGCAAGAGAGAACAUCGGACGCAUGGUUCUCAGACAACCCUGAUGAUCCAGCCUGGAUUCCAUCAUCACUACAAGGCGAAUUCCACCGCGGGACAGAUACCAUGGACGUCUGGUUCGACAGUGGCACGAGUUGGGCAGAAAUUGAGAAGCAGGUCGAUGUCUACCUCGAAGGUUCAGACCAGCACCGCGGAUGGUUCCAAUCCAGUCUCCUCAGCUACGUCGCCGCACAAAAGGCAGACGGAAAGCCAGCAGGCAGCAUUGUGGCUCCGUUCCGAACCUUGAUCACGCAUGGCUUCACACUGGACGCACAAGGCAAGAAGAUGUCGAAAUCAUUGGGCAACACGAUAUCCCCGGAAGAGGUCAUGGACGGCAGGCUCUUGCCACCUGCGAAGCGCAAGGGCAAAAACACGGGACAGCCGGAUGCUUUGGGCCCGGAUGCAUUGCGUCUGUGGGCUGGUAGCUGCGACUUUACGACUGAUAUCCCCAUUGGCCCCACCAUCCUGCAGCCCGUCCACAAUGCGCUCGUUCGAUACAGGACGAUUCUCAAGAUGCUUCUAGGCUCGCUGCAUGAAUCCAGUCGACGUGCUCCCUUGACAAAGCUCGACCACAUCGCUCUGCUGCAGUUGUCGACGACGAUGGAGCAGGUGUGGGAGGCAUAUAACAGCCACGAGUUUCACAAGGGUGUAGGCCUUUUGAACCGUUGGCUUUCUACGGACCUGUCAGCGUUUUACUUGGAAGCCCUGAAGGAUAGGCUCUACUGCGGCGACGGAGGGGGUGCAAUUGAACCCAUAAUGGUGGGUUUGCUGAGAAUGCUGGCCCCAGUGACGCCUGUGCUGGUGGAAGAGGCCUGGGCCAACAGACCUAGUUGGAUGGUCGAAGACGAUUCGAUGGUGCACCCGGCGAAGCAGCUGUACAAGUCACCGGUCAUUGACCGGAAACGGGUGACUUGCGACGAGGCCAAGUUGCGCGAGGACAUUCCAAAGCUCUCUACUGUCCAUGAGGCUAUCAAGGCGGGGCUGGAGCCUGCUCGGCUGGCCAAAGAAGUUGGUAGUUCGCUUCAGUGCUCGGUGGUGAUCAUGACAGAGGACGCAAGCCUACUCGCUUGCCUAGCGGAAUACCAGGACGAGCUGGACGCCAUCUUUGUGGUGUCGUCCGUUUCUGUGAACAGCGCACUACCGGAACAGCUAGCCUGGCACUACAUCACACCCAUCGGCGGUGGCAAGUUUCACGGCGCGGUGCACGUUCUGCCGCCAGUGCAGGCCAAGUGCUCGCGAUGCUGGCGGUAUCAGGCUGAGGAGGAAGAGGGGCUGUGCGGACGAUGUGAGAGCGAGGUCCAGAAGCACAACGAGCAGGUAUAA